AGUACAAAGGUGUAGUUCGUUAGUAUCGAGAGUAUAUCUUCGUGUUGUAAAGAGUUGGUAAAAUGGCAUCUGGUAAAAGUUCUAGGCGUAACACGGAGUCCGAAAGUCCAAUUGAUUAUGUCCAGAUCGACGGCUUGGUUGUUUUGAAAAUAGUGCGACAUUGUCAAGAAGAAGGAGCAGGUGCCACAGAUGUUGCCCAGGGUGUACUCUUAGGUCUUGUUGCUGAUAACCAUUUGGAGAUAACUAAUUGCUUUCCAUUUCCUCGACACACUGAUGAUGAGGACUUUGAUGAAGUGAAAUAUCAGAUGGAAAUGAUGAGACAUCUUCGGCAAGUCAACGUUGAUCACCUUCACGUUGGCUGGUACCAGAGCACACAUUUUGGAAGCUAUUUCAACAAGCCUCUGCUGGAGUCGCAGUACAGUUAUCAGAGUUCUGUCGAAGAAUCCGUUGUCCUUAUUUAUGGUAUGCUGAAGAAUAAUUAA